AUGUUGUUGUCCCCCAUAACUUCUAUCGAGUCCUACAACCAAACCAUCUCCAAAGCCCUCAUUCCAGAUGAAUCCGAUGCUCGCCGGUUGACUAGCAUUAAUGACCUUCCACUCGAGAUUUUGAUGAAGAUCAUAGGAUACGUGUAUUUUGAUUCCGAUAACUUCGACUCCAUCUACAAGCUUUUGGAAAGUUUUACCAAGUUGGGCUUGGUGUCGAAGUUGUUCCACUUGUUGAGUGUCAAGUACCUUUACAAAUAUGCUGCUUUCAACAGACCGCACGCAUUUCACAAGUUCUUGAUAAACUUGCAAAACAACCCCAACUUGGGCAAAUACGUUCAGUUUGUGGACUUUGAAACAUUCACGUCCAUUGGAUUGGGAAGAACCGGCAAGAUGAACCAGGAAAUCCAAAUGGUGACCUCCAGAACCAUCUUCACCAGUUUGACCAAAACCCCAAAUUUGAUUGAGUUUUUAGCCAGUGAGAACAUCCAAGACGAUAUGAACGUCGAUGUUUUGAAUUACUUGUUCAACGAGCUUCCCAAUUUACAAAGCUUGGACUUUUGUGGAGCUUCGUCCAAGGCGUUCUACGAGGCAUUCCGUGGCUUGACGAUUGAUAAACCAUUGAAGAAAUUGUUCAAAGUCUCCUUUCAUGAUUGUUCUAACUUAUCAGUGGAUAUCUUUGAAAAGAUCUUGCCACAUUUAGUGAACUUAAGAAGAUUGGACUUGACCCAUACUUCAGUAAACUCGAGCUUAUUGUUGAAUUACUUGCCAAAUUCUUGCAAUUUAACCCACUUAUCGUUAUCAAGAUGCUCCAAAUUGACUACAAGAGAUUUGAUCAACUUUUUAGUGAACCACCCAUCGGUAGCAAAUAAUCAGUUACAAUGGCUCAACUUGUCCGUUGAUUCCAAUGUGGUUACUCCUUUAAACUCGAAUUACUUGUUCUUUACCUUGAAGCACAUGAAUGCUUCUAACUUGCAGUACCUCAAUUUGAAAGGUUUGCCCAUCACAGAAAAACUCUUGACUUUGAUCAACAUGAAAUUUCAGAACUUGAAGACCUUGUCCAUUGCAUUUUCCUCCAUCGAUUUCGAAUUUUUGUUUGAAUUCCUUCUCAGUACCCCAUGUUUAGCCCACAUCGAUUUAACCGGCUGCAAAUUAACCAAAGCGCAAAUUUUGCAGCUCAUCACCAUUCCUCAUUUAAGCUCACUUGAGUGUGAAUCCCAAACCCUAAAGGAUUUGACCAACAAUGAGAGCCAGUUUAUAAGAAGAGAUUCUUUGGUAUGGAGAUUCCAUGACAAUAAUGGUAGAAGAGCCUGGAUUUAUAGAUUGGAAUCCACUGAUGACCAAUACAAACAAAUUCAGCAAUUUGGUAAGAUUUUAAAUUUGAAUCUAACGUAUUACGAUUUAAAUACUGGAGAGAAAAUUGUCACCAAGAACUUGAGACCAAGAUUCUUGAAAUAUGUCGGUAAAAAAAUCAAUUGCUCGGUUGGUUUCCAAAACCUCCAAUGCUGUAAACAUAAGAAAUACUUGAACAACUCCUACGAUGAAGACGUGUGGCCAGGAAAGUUCUGUGAGACUGGCAUCUAUAACUAUUACUCCUUGAACAUAUAA